AUGGACAUCGAAGACAAGAGGCAGGGGAGGGUGCACUCACCCUUCCCGCCACUUUCCCCCUGCCGUUGCCAUUUCCCCCUAAAAACCUUCGGGGUGGCAGCGUACCUCCAUACUAGGGAUAAACCAUAUAAAUGUCUAGAGUGCGGAAAGAGCUUCACUCAUGCUUCACAACUUAUUUCACAUGAAAGGAUCCACACAGGGGAUAAACCUUUUAUAUGCUUGGAAUGUGGAAAAAGCUUCAGUCGUAGCUCGCAACUUAAUGUGCAUAGGAGAAUCCAUACUGGGGAGAAACCAUAUAAAUGCCUAGCGUGUGGAAAAGGCUUCUUUGUGCGGGCUCACCUCACUUCACAUCAAAGAACUCACACAGGAGAGAAACCAUAUAAAUGCUUGGAUUGUGGAAAGAGCUUCAGGCAGAGAUCAGCCCUUACUAUACAUAAAAGAAUCCACACAGGGAAGAAACCAUAUAAGUGCUUGGAGUGUGGAAAGAGUUUUUAUAGUAGUCCACAGGUUAUUGUGCAUCAAAGAAUUCACACAAGAAAAAACCAUAUAAAUGCCUGAUGUGCAGAAAGAGCUUCAGGUGGCAUAAAGACUUCUCC